AUGCAUACAUUUGAAUUGAAAGUGAGAGGUGCCUGGGGGAAAGAGCAUGGGUCUGGAGGAGGCUCUGAUCCGGUUCCGGUCUCUCCGUGUGCAGGACGUCCUUUGGGCCCUGUGGGUCUGUCCGUGUCCCCCGUCCGCACUGCCCAGCCAGGAGGGCAUGGCCCGGCGGUUUCCCAGGCCCCUCGGCUUCCGCGGAGCCGGGGAGCUGUCCCAUUCCGGCAACGCAGCUUCUGGCAGUUUCAGAAGAUGGUCAAACACAUCACAGGGUGGAGCGCCUUCUUCUCGUAUUAUGGAUACAGCUGCUACUGUGGCCUUGGGGGCAAAGGCACCCCCGUGGAUGACACUGACAGAUGCUGCCUGAUGCAUGAUUGCUGCUACGGGAAGCUAAAGCAGCCCGGCUGCCAGCGCAUGCUGAAUAGCUACCGAUUUCACAGCGCCAAUGGGACCGUGGUCUGUCAGUGUGCCCUCGGCCCCGGUGUCAGCUGUCUCUGUGGGCUGUGGGCAUGUGAGUGUGACAGGCAGCCUGCAUACUGCUUCAUAGAGCUGCCCACCUACGAGAAAAACUUCAAGCAGUUCUUCUCCAGCCGGCCCCGCCGUGGCAAGCGGAAGCUCCAGUGCUAGGCAGCCCCGGGCCCCCUCGUCGGCCAGCAUGGGAUCCAGUGUCCCUCGUCCUUCCAGAAGCCUUCUCACGCCAUCCCAUGCAGGCUCUAGUUCUGCAGCCGCACUUCAGCGCAUGGUCUAGGGUACUCCUUUGUCACUCGACCCCGAGGGCAGCCAAUCAGCAUUAGAAAAAAUAAAAUCCUGGCAUGCUAUGGAGGGAGACAGCCCCUCUAUAUAGACAAAAAUAAAUAACAUUUUCUGAUAGUCGCAAGUGCUAAGAAGCACUCCAACAGGUGACAGGAUAGAGAGAUGUUCCCAAGCCCCACCCAGAAAUUUCCAAGAAGGGAAAAGGACCCAGGAUCUACCCUAAACUCUCCCUCCACCCCCCUCCCCCAAAAUCAGGAUGCAGGGCAGACCUGGGAACUGGGUUUGCAACCCACAUCCAGCCGGGGGCAGAGUAGGGAUCCCAGAAAACACGGUCUUGCCACACAGCCAAGGGUCUGAGAGAUGCCCUUGGACUUUGUUUCUUGUCUGUUGGGGUUCUGCUCUCUGAAAUCCCUCAGGUAGGAAAAAUUAAUGCCAUUUCCAUCUCUCCGGAGACAGGGCAUGAGGAUAUCCACACCCAGCACUGCUAUGUGGUGUUAUGGCCAGGAAGGUGUCACAGAGAGGGAGAAAGGGCCUGGAAGAGGGCAUCAGAGGGCCCCGAAAUUUCCAUCCAAAUUCAGAAGGCCCUGGUGAUAUUAGACUUAGAUUCUAAUGAACACCAAAGUGACCUGAGCUGAGCAGAUUCUGUUCUAUAUAAUGCCCAACUGGCAUGGCAGAAUGCAAAAUUGGCCCCAGUUGUCCUUACCUUGCUGCGUCCUUGCCUCUCAUGAAGGAACGCUCAGCUUUGCCCAUGGAGAAGUAGAGUCUGCCCAGUGGUUGAAUCUGAACUCCGUGCUGGCCUUUGAAUUACUUUGGUCAAUAGAAUGUAGUGGAAUGUAUGGAUGGUCUGCCAGUUCCCGAGCUUAGGCUUCAGGAGGCCCGGUGCUCUGCUUUCCCAGGAUGCCGGGCUCCACCUGGCCCACUGGCCGGUGGCAGCCAGAGUCCGUCAGCCCAGCCGUGUCCACUCAGACCUCAGACACAUAAGAGCGCUCGGCAAAGGUCAGCAAAGCCCACUCAUUGCUGACCACAACCCACGAGAGCAGCUCGCUGGAACCGAAAUGGUUGUCCGGCUGAGCCCAGGCAAAGUU